GCCGGUUCCGGUUAGUGGACCGGAAGUGAGGAAGACCUGCAGUAGGAAAUUAAAAAUGGCCGCAGAGGGAACGAGGUCUGUGCUGUUCGUGUGUCUGGGUAAUAUUUGUCGCUCACCUAUAGCAGAAGCAGUUUUUAGGAAACUUGUAGCUGAUCAAAAUAUUUCAGAUAAGUGGAGGAUAGACAGUGCAGCAACAUCUGCAUAUGAAAUAGGAAACUCCCCUGAUUAUCGAGGGCAGACUUGCAUGAAGAAACAUGGCAUUACCAUGAAUCAUAUUGCCAGGCAGAUUACCAAAGAUGAUUUCCUGACUUUUGAUUAUAUACUGUGUAUGGAUGAAAGCAAUCUGAGAGAUUUGAAUAGAAAAGUUAAUCAAGUUAAAAACUGCAAAGCUAAAGUUGAACUUCUUGGAAGCUAUGAUCCGCAGAAACAACUUAUUAUUGAAGAUCCGUAUUAUGGAAAUGACUCUGACUUUGAGACUGUAUAUCAGCAGUGUGUGAGGUGCUGCAAAGCAUUUUUGGAAAAAUCUCAUUAAGGCUCACACUCAUUUAUUGCUGAAGGACAACAGUGAUUGACAUCUACUUAAAAAUGAUGUAUGUAUAUCAGUUGAUGUGUUAUUAAAGAGUAAUAAUGUGCUACAUUUUGAGACCAUCGUUGUUUCUUCAAUUCAUUUAGUGUUCACAUAUGUUUUAAUUUGAAAGGUAAUGAACAUCAGUCAUUAUUUUUGAAGUAAGAAUAUUUUCUUACAUUGAUUAUAAUUAUUAAACUAGCUAGAACUCCCAGUCUAUGCCUCAGAUUUUAAAAAUGAAUUAAUUAUAUAGGGGAACAAACUAAAAUUUGCAUGUGAAAACUAAGAAACCUCAGCACAGUCAUUUGUUAAAAAUGUUUGAUAAGAGUCUUACUUUGAGAUGGUCUCAUUUAUGUGUAAUUGGAAUCUUUAACAGGUAAUGAAAACAUUUGCCUUUGUGUCCUAGAAGACAAUAGAAAAUAACUGAGGUCGUUGUGAAAAAAUAAAGAAAAAUGUAUUUUAUUGUUUCAGCAGUCGUUUAAUGACAAUAACUUAAUGAAGAACAAAUAUUCUUUCUGUUCAUCUUUACCAUCUUUUAGUAUUUUGGCUGUCUAUUAAAAUAAAUGUGUGCCCUGCCCUGGGAGUUUGUGAUGUGAAUUUUAUACAAUUACACCUCACAGUGAGGGAAUAAGGGGGAAUUAUUUAUGUAAUUUUUAAAACUUGAUUAAUCUCUUGAUCUUUAUACAGGGUGUCCCAAAAGUGUUAAUAUUGUUCUAAGUCAUUAAAGCUUUUGGGGAUAUCCUGUAUGCAAGGAUUUUGUUUUAAAGAAGUUAAUUUGUCCAUUGACUUCUGUUGUCUCCCUCAAAUUUUAGUUUUAUAACAAAUGAACAACAGCAUCUUACUAUUUUAUAUCAUUUGGGCUCUUUUAUAUUAUAAAUUUGAUGUAAGUUAUUUUACUUUCAAUAUCACCUGAAGCUUCCACUGUACACAGGGAUGGAUAAUGUAAUAAACUGAACAUUUGGGAUCAGAAGGAGCAAUAAUAUAUAAUGCAAUAUGAUUAAAAUAUAGUACCUAGAGAAAUUUGGAGUAUGUUAGUAGAUUUUCUUUCAUCAAUGUUUAGCAGAUUUGUAGGAUGUGUGUAAUAUCACAUUGAAGGAAUUAUACUUUUUAAUUCAUUUGGACACCUCACAAAAUUUAAUUGUUUUAAAAAUAAACAGAAAUUUGCAAAAA